AUGGGGUCCUUGACUGAGCUGUGCACUCUCUUAAGUGGAUUCACAUUCCUUCUGCUACUGAUGCCAAGUGAGGAAGCCAAGGGUGGAUUCCUCAAAGAGAGUCAUGGGGUCUGCUCUAAGCAGACGCUCGUGGUUCCCCUCCGCUACAAUGAGUCCUACAGCCAACCGGUGUACAAGCCCUACCUGACCCUGUGCACUGGACGGCGUGUCUGCAGCACCUACAGGACCACAUACCGUGUGGCAUGGAGAGAGGUGAGGCGGGAGGUGCAGCAGACUCAUGCCAUCUGCUGCCAGGGCUGGAAGAAGCGGCACCCAGGGGCUCUCACUUGUGAAGCCAUCUGCACCAAACCUUGCCAAAAUGGAGGGGUCUGUGUGCGGCCGGACCGGUGCGAGUGUGCCCCUGGUUGGGGGGGAAAGCACUGUCACGUGGAUGUAGACGAAUGCAGGACCGGUGUCACCCUUUGCUCACACCACUGCCACAACACGGCAGGCAGUUUCAUGUGCAGCUGCCCCCAAGGCCUGGUGCUGAGUCGGGACAGACGCACCUGUGAGGGCUCUCGGGAGGCUCCCACCAGUGCCAGCAUUCUCAGUGUGGCAGUUCGGGAGGCGGAAAAUGAUGAGCAUGCCCUAAGGCGGGAGAUUCGGGAGCUUCAAGGGCGCCUGGAGCAGCUGGAGCAGUGGGCUGGCCAGGCUGGGGCCUGGGUUAGAGCAGUGCUGCCCAUGCCACCUGAGGAGCUGCGGCCAGAACAGGUGGCCGAACUGUGGAGCCGAGGAGACAGGAUCGACUCUCUUAGUGACCAGGUGCUGCUGCUGGAGGAGAAGCUGGGCACUUGCUCCUGUGAGGACAAUAGCCUGGGCCCUGGACUCAACCGACGCUGA